CUGCGCAGGGGAGGCAUGCAAAGACCAUCAAUGACUACCUGCGAGUGCGAAAUAUCUCUAUGUCGGAUCUCAAGUUUUUCUAUAAGUAGGAAGCGUAUUCCCGUUUCUUAUUCUUUCCUCACACACUCAAUCAAUCUCCAGCCAGCAUACACUUCAACCAACACACUCACUAACUUCACGAAAAAUGAUCUAUCCCACAAGCCUCAUCGCUUUAUUGGCCAGCACGGCUUUCGUGUCUGCAGCUCCAGGUUCCUCCCUAGAGGUUCUUGAAAAGCGUGAUGCUUGCACAUUCACCACCGCCGACGCUGUCAAAUCUGGAAAGCUUGCUUGCAAGACUAUCAUCUUGGAUAAUAUUCAAGUUCCAGGUGCCACCACUCUUGACUUGACUGGCCUCAACACCGGUACACAAGUUGUAUUUCAGGGAAAAACUGGCUUCGACCAUGCUCUGUGGAUAGGUCCUCUUAUAUCCAUCUCCGGAGAAAACAUCGUAGUCACCGGUGCGAAAGGACACGUGAUUAACGGAAACGGUUCAACAUGGUGGGACGGACAUGGUACUAACACUAAUCCCGUGACGAAGCCCAAGUUCUUCGCUGCUCACUCAUUGACUGGAUCUUCCAGUAUCACCGGUCUAUACUUCCUCAAUGCACCUGUCCAGUGCAUUUCAAUUGAUUCAUCUGUUGGAUUGUCACUUAUCGAUAUCACUAUUGAUAACUCUGCUGGAGACGCUGGUAAUCUUGGUCACAAUACCGAUGGUUUUGACAUCGGUAGCAGUCAAAAUAUUUUUAUCUCCGGAGCAAUCGUCAAGAACCAAGAUGACUGCGUUGCCAUUAACUCUGGCACUAACAUCACUUUCACUGGUGGAAACUGCUCUGGUGGACAUGGUCUCUCCGUCGGUUCCGUCGGUGGACGCACUGGCACUGGAGCCAACGAUGUCAGCGAUGUGAAGUUUCUCUCCUCCACCGUUUCAAAUUCUGAAAACGGUGUUCGAGUUAAGACUGUCAGCGGUGCCACGGGUUCUGUCAAAGACGUCACUUUCCAGGAUAUCACCCUCGUCGGAAUCACCGGGGUUGGUGUCGAUGUCCAACAGGAUUAUGAAAAUGGUAAGCCAACUGGUACACCCACUGCUGGAGUUCCAAUUACUGGAUUGACCGUGAACAAUGUUCAUGGUACCGUUUCUGGUGGCCAGAAUGUUUACAUUCUUUGUGCAAAUUGCUCAGGUUGGACUUGGAAUAAGGUUAAUGUAACGGGUGGAACGGAGCUGCAGAAAUGUGCUGGAGUUCCCACGGGAGCUUCUUGCUAAGCUUGUCAUUUUUUCGAGCCACGCGGUGGGAGCAGUCAUGGCUUCUGAUAAUGUUUGAUAAUUAUUAGAUUACUAGGAGGGGGUACUGAGCUGGAGGCUUUCCGAGGAACUUUGGGUGUUGUAUUAUAAAAACUCUUUUACAUGUGGCUGUCAGAUACUUGACGGAUAACCACGAAGGACAGUAGCCUCCAUAAUCUAGAAACAGGCUUCUAUUCAGGUUAUUUCCACUCAUUCUGUACACCAUAUUUGUGAUUUUUCCUAACUUCCCUUCUCUUCAACGUCCGCUUAGCUAUUAAAUUGGGGGUAAAAA